CCCUCCCGCCAAUCACCCGUGUCGUUCGGUGUGCUCGAAGAUGGCGGUUUCAAGUGCUCCGUAUCACACAUCAUCGUGUUUGAGAGCAGCAUAGCUUUAUCCCCCGGCCGUUUACACGCACCAGGAGGCAGAGCAAAGCAAGCCGAGCGGCGCUGAGCUGCCUCUAGUGAGACGUUUCUCCAUGGUUUGUUCGUCCGAGGAGCUGGUGUCGGUGUCGGCCUGAAGGAGGUUGUGUUAUCCGACUAUGGCCACCGAGAACAGGGUCCAUUUCUGGAGGAGAAACGCAAAGGUUCCCGGAAGUGUGUGUCUGUAUGCUAGCCUCCAGCUGUGAGAGACAGACCGGCUUCUGUGUAGUGGAGGUGUCAGCUGUCAAAGUCCGAGCACCGCCCGCUGUAUGCUUUCAGCCUGUGCUGUGCUGAGAGGCUGUGUCACAUAAUAGGCUGGCUGCUGAGAGAGAGGACAAUUAAGAAAAGCUGCACUGCCCUGAUGAGGAUCCCUGCAGACUCUGAGUUGGUGUCCUGCCCAAGCUCUAUGCAACUACUUGACAGAGAGGGUGGAGCAGAGAAAGGGAGGCCAACUUGUUUGGCAAAUCUGAGAAGAGAGGAUCUCUAAGGAGAGGGCGUUGUUGUCCAUGUCACACACUGAUCUCUCUCAAACUGUGAGUGGGAAGGAGGGAGAGAUUCCUGCAUCCGCUGAACAUAAUGCACACCAAAGGGUGGUGAAGAAUGCUGGAGCUCUACAAGCUGUCCCCUAGCGUACAACCUGUAUAUGGAGCACAGCAUCCACCUCUCGACCCACGACUACGACGAACGUAUCCCAAAGACACAAAGCCUAAAUUCAACAAUCUCAAGUCUAAAAAGGCCUCUAGCUUCCACGAGUUCGCCUGCAGCACCAACGAUGCUUGGGACAUCGAUGAUGAGGAGGAUGAGGAUUUCCUCAGGACCCCUGCCCCCACUUCAUCCCUGCCAUCAGGCCUUCACUCUAUAUCUAUGCAGCAGCAGAAUCAGGUCGGUGAUACAGAAGAUGGGGUGUCACACAGGCUGGCACCUCCCAGGACAGACAGUCAUACCCUGCAGAACGUGCAGGAGGAAGACACUGAGUGCGAGCAUGUCAGUGGCAAGGUUGUCAAGUCUAAAAGUGAGGCCCAACUCAACACGUCCUCAGUUCGCUCCACACUGCAGAAGCAGCAGUCUCUCCCAGUUCGUCCCUUCAUCCCACUGGUGGCUCGCAUCUCAGACCAAAAUGCAUCAGGGGCACCACCCAUGACAGUGCGGGAGAAGAGCAGGCUGGACAGAUUCAAGCAGCUGCUGGCUGGUCCCAACACUGACCUAGAGGAACUCCGGAAGCACAGCUGGUCGGGCAUACCGAGAGAGGUCCGGCCAAUCACAUGGAGACUUCUCUCUGGCUACCUGCCAGCCAACAAAGAGCGCAGAGAGCUGGUGCUAAAAAGGAAGCGAGAAGAAUACUUUGGCUUCAUAGAGCAGUAUUACCACUCCAGAACAGAUGAGCACUAUAAAGACACAUACCGACAGAUCCACAUCGACAUUCCAAGGACCAACCCUCUGAUUCCUUUGUUCCAGCAGCCUGUAGUACAAGAGGUGUUUGAGCGUAUCCUCUUUAUCUGGGCUAUCCGUCAUCCGGCCAGCGGUUAUGUCCAGGGAAUCAAUGAUCUGGUCACACCCUUCUUUGUUGUCUUCCUGUCUGAGUUUGUCACAGAGGAUGUGGAGAACUUCGAGGUGGUAGCACUACCUCUGGACACCCAAAGAAACAUCGAAGCUGACAGCUUCUGGUGUAUGAGCAAGCUGCUGGAUGGAAUACAGGACAACUACACUUUUGCUCAGCCUGGAAUCCAGAACAAGGUGAAAGCUUUGGAGGAACUCGUCAGCAGGAUAGAUGAGGAUAUUCACAAUCAUUUUAAGAAGUAUGAGGUGGAGUACCUGCAGUUUGCUUUUCGGUGGAUGAACAAUCUGCUGAUGAGGGAGCUACCGCUUCGUUGCACUAUCCGUCUCUGGGACACCUACCAGUCUGAAGCAGAGGGUUUCUCCCACUUCCACCUGUAUGUCUGUGCUGCUUUCCUUAUUGAGUGGCGCAAAGAAAUUCUCUCCAUGAUUGACUUUCAGGGCCUGCUCAUGCUACUGCAGAACCUUCCUACAAUCCACUGGGGUAAUGAGGAAGUGGGCCUCCUGCUGGCUGAAGCUUAUAGACUGAAGUACAUGUUCGCAGAUGCACCCAGCCACUACAAGAGAUAGGCCUCCAUCCAUUCUUCCAAAAUCACAGCAGACAUAGUACUUUUAAAUUUUUAACUCAGACUAGACUGUGACUGGAUGGACCCACAGUAUAUACUCCAGACAUCAAGUGUUGUCCCUGAGGUCACAUGGAAGAGACUGACAUGUGUGCAGUUCCAAAAGACCUGCAGGAAGUUAUACCUGAGCCUCCUGACAAUCCCACAAACAUGAUCCUGUGGAAAUUAAGUGAAUAUCCCUUUGGGGUUGGGUUAAUGGUGCACCCACCGAGCUCAGUGAAUAUGGGACUAUUUUUCAGUCAAUGUACUACACUGUAUCAAUGGACUGUUAGUGUAAACAGUCACAGCUAUACCAUCUUGUUUUUACUCAUGCAGCACUGAUUGUCUUUCUAGUUAGAUGUACUUUAGAAUAACAUGCUGUAACAUAAAGGGAUGAUGAAUGUUUGUGAGAUCAUCCUUUUAGUCAGUUACAGUAUCUACAGAUUAUAUUUUUUGCAGAUUUGUUUUGGUAGUUGUUUUACAAGGGGAGAAAUAUUAGCUGCAAACCAGGCAACUACAAUAUAAAACUUGAAGUCUAAUAUUUUAAUUUAGUCUGACACUGGAAAGCUGUUAUAAAUAAGAUUGACCCCCCCCCCCCCCCCAGAGGUUAUUUGUUAGAAGAUCUCUGUUUAGGUUUACGGUUACCAAAUCUGCACUGUACAAUCAACUAAUCAAAAGUUCUCUCCAAUUCAGAAAAAGUGUAUGAGGUCUUAAUAAAGUGCUUGCUUGAUCUUAAAAUUAGAAUUUUUGAGGAAAAAAAGAUGUACGCAAGUUCAUAUUGAGUUUUUUUUAGGUGUAAGACCAAAGAGGAGAAAAUAGUAGGUACUAUGUUGAAUUUCAGAUUGUAGAACUGAUUUUGUAUCACUUUGGUUUCAGUAUGAAUUAGCUGACCUGAAAAUGUUAAUAGACCAGGAGAAAUGGCGACCUUCUAGUUAUUGUAGCUUUGGGAUUUCACAUUCACGUCAGUUUAUAUGGGUCUUAUUUCUAGGGAUGCACGAUAUUAUCGGCAUGUCAUCGGUAUCGGCCUAUAAAGGCUCCAAAAUGAAAUACCAGCAUCAGCCAUUUCUGCCGAUUAUGAGAGGCCACAUGCAGAACCGGGGCUAACGCUAGCAGAGGCUAGCUGGCCUCUCAGCUAACGUUAGCCCCAGCUCUCCAUGUGGUUCCAACCAGAGCACUGAGC